AUGAAUCCACAAAUGGGCUACCCACGCCCUAUUAACAGGGUGCCUCCUCCACAGUUCUUAACACACUUCCACGCAAUGGAAGAGAAUUGGCAUAUGACAGAAGAGCUCAUGGCAGAGAUUGAGCGAGCAGACUAUGCGCAGGCCCUGAGUCAGCAGCCGCCCGUGCCUGGAAUGUCUGGGGUCGCCUACGCCGGUGGCGCCGCGAGCGGCGCCGUGUAUGUACGCGAGGUGCCGUCACCUCUCAAAGACCCCGUCGGUGAUCGUGUCCGCGCGAAUGAACGAACCAGUCCAAAGGAUGCAGACGCUCAGGGGAGCGGCGGCAUGCAGCGCUCCCGCUCUAUCCGCGUUGUUGAACGCGAGAAGGAAGUCCAGCCGAGCGAUAGUGCUCGUGCACGCGAGCGUUCCCUCCCAUCCAGUCAGACUGGAUCUCCGUCCUACUCACCCUUGGGACACCCCCAGCAGCGUGUGCCCUCUCCUGAGCGCACUUCUCCAUCUUUCCACACGCCUACUGGCUCGUCAGGUGGUGAGAGUGUGACUGCAGUGGACGUAGACUACGUCUCAUAUAAGCGGGACUCGUAUCAGUCUAAUGGAAGCUCUUCCCUUAGGCUUCCCAGUCCGCCGCCCACCGUGCGGAAAGCCAUUGUCGCCGACAAUGCUCGUGUGACGCCACCUGCGGUCAGCAAGUUUGCCAGCAACACUCCUCCCUUGCAGGCCGUUAAGACCCGAACUCCCGACAAGUCACUGCCUGUCCAAGAAGAACCAGAAGACGAUAUCGCAACCUCUAAGAACGGCGACAAUUAUACUCACGGGAAUGACUAUCAUGAAGAGGAUGAUAAUGAUACUCUCAUCGAAAACGACCACGAUUUCCCCGUCGACAGUAACAGAGACCACGACGGAGAACUAGAGUCAUACACCCCACGCUCACCCACUGCCAGCUUACCAGAACUAUAUCCCGCCAGGCAAUACCACGUGCAGCCCGCAAAUCAGCGCCUCUCGAGCCUCACAAAGCACCACCGCACUGGUAGCACAGACAGACUUGGCCUCCGAAGUUUCGACGCAGCCGUUUUUGAAAAGCCUCCCAUCAGAUCUACUGAGGAGCGCCGUGAGUCGCCUGCACUUCCGGUGAGGCUGACGACUGAACAGGUUAACUCUGUACCAGAGCAUGAUCUACGACAACAACACAGUCGCACGUUUUCUGAUACUCGUGGUGCAGAACAGCCGCAGCAACAAAGCAACGGACGGCCGCACCCGCUUCAAAAUCAAGUCUACUCGGAUGAUCAGAAUCAUGAUGAUGCUGCAGCUGCCUAUAUAUCGCAUUACUUCCAGUCUCCUCGUCCAGUUGCGCCCAUACCACCGACGCCUCAUAGCCAAACUGCCGCUCCAUCACCGUUGAUAUCUAGCAUGCAAAGCAUGCAAGCCAGCCCGGCACCUCCAGUGGGCUCGCCCUAUCCCUACCCAUUCUCUCACGUUCGGCGUAACAACGUCUAUUCUACCUAUCCCAUACACACUGCGCCUUCCUCCAACUAUGACCCCAACCAUCCUUCGGUGAUCGAAGAGCAACUCGCUCUCCAGAUGCAGAUGUACGCCUUGAACAACCAUGCAGCAUUAUCCGACUCCACGUUCUCACCAUCGUCAACGCCUUUCCCCGGGCCUGGAUACAACCCAUGGACGUUCCUGCAAGCAUCUCGUGCGUUCGGAGGAGGCGUACGGCCGCGUUUCGACUCCACUGCAACGAUGAGCAUCCAGUCGAGCCCGAGCCACCAACCAGUCAGCCUUCCGUUCCCGACUGGCAGAGUCAAGCGCCGUCAGGCAUCCGCGGAUCUACGAAUCCAGAGCACGAAGCGGAAGGUUAAGCCGCCGCCCCGUGUGGAAAGCACGCAGCCACGGGAUACGAGCCCGGAGCCGUACUCGUCUGGUGAGGAGACCGCUGGCGAGGAACGCUUUGAGGUUGCUGAGGAGGGGAACUGGGUGAAUGGGAUGUUGCCUGAUGAUGGUACUGAGUGGGUGGAUGAAGAUGAGGAUGAAAAGGAUGACUUGUUAGACUUGGAGUAUCACCCGAACUAUAUCAACAAUAUCGAAAAGAGACGGAGGAGAUGGGAUACGCGAUGGGAAGCUCUGCAGCAGGCGUUCCAAGCGCUUGAUUGCGAGACGGAUACGACGAUGGUCCUACUUGCUGCACCUUCACAUUCUACAAAACUGCAUGCCUUGACAUCACGCUCAGUUCGUCGUGAAAUAGGGACACAGUCUCCGAGCAUGCACAACAUACGAAACUCUUUCCGAGGCAUUGCUGCUCGUCGACGAGCAUCCCGUGCCAAGGGCACAACGCUCGUUGAGAGGUUCCUCAACUCGACUUCUUCUGGCGAUGGUUCUGAUGGCAGUUCGGAAUCACGGGAAGGCGACCUCAAGCGCGCGCUCGAGACUGCUCUUGGUAGUCUCGGCGCCCUUCGCUCAAUAUACGACCACCGCAUCACACGCUGGGAGGACGAGAUGGGGCGCAUCAGCGACGAGCGGGACCGCGUUGACAUGCUGCUCCGCCAGACCCUGGGUGUCGGUUUGCAGAACGGUAAUGGCGUUCCUGACGUGUAA